UCGAAACUCCAGAGAGAGGGAGAUGUCAGAGGCUGAGCUGCUGCCUCCCUUCAGUAGCAUUAGUGGGGUUCAGCAGCCAGCAUGGCCACAGCUGCCUCCAGCCCCUACACCCUGCUCAGCUCCAGUCCCAUGAUCCACCCGGACAGCCAGGCCAUGCAGCCUGCUAGCCCCUACAGAGGACACCAGAAACUCCUCCAGAGCGACUACCUGCAGAGCGUCCAGAGCAACGGACACCCCCUCGGGCACCAGUGGGCGAGCAGCCUGUCGGAGGGCAGCCCCUGGUCGGCCUCCAUGGAGCAGCAGGACGUGAAACCAGGCCGAGAGGACCUGCAGCUCGGCAUCAUCCAUCACCGCUCCCCGCACGUAGCGCAUCACUCCCCUCAUCACAACAACCAUGGCAACCACCCGGGAGCUUGGGGAACUCCGGUGUCCCACAACUCCUCCAUCACCAGCGGACAGCAGAUCAACAUCUACUCCCAGACGGGCUUCACUGUCAACGGCAUGUUGGACCACGGUGGUCUCACACCUCCACCCAACCCGCAGGGCCAAGGCAUGCACCCGGGCCUCAGGGACACACUCAGCCCCGAGCACAGUGACCUCGGCGGGCACCACUGCCACGACCACUCCGACGAGGAGACGCCGACUUCGGACGAGCUGGAGCACUUUGCCAAGCAGUUCAAACAGCGGAGAAUCAAGCUGGGCUUUACGCAGGCGGACGUGGGUUUGGCUCUGGGCACACUAUACGGGAACGUCUUUUCCCAAACUACCAUCUGCAGGUUCGAGGCGCUGCAGCUGAGCUUUAAAAACAUGUGCAAACUAAAGCCGCUGCUGAACAAGUGGCUGGAGGAGGCAGACUCGUCCACAGGCAGCGCUAGCAGUAUAGACAAGAUAGCAGCUCAGGGGAGGAAGAGGAAGAAGCGGACGUCCAUCGAGGUGAGCGUGAAGGGAGUUCUGGAGACGCACUUUCUCAAGUGUCCCAAGCCGUCCGCGCCGGAGAUCACGUCGCUGGCGGACACGCUGCAGCUGGAGAAGGAGGUGGUGCGCGUUUGGUUCUGCAACCGGCGGCAGAAGGAGAAGCGCAUGACGCCGCCCGGUGAACCUCCGCCACACGAGGGACCGUAUUCUCACAGCGGGAGCGCGGGAGACGCCUCGUCGUGCCACGAUCUCUGACCGAAGGAGGAAUCCCCUCCAAUCCUCGGCACGGACUCUCAGAGCGCAGGGACGCAGCAGCAGGAGAAGCGGCGGCGGCACCUUCCAGCCUCCGCGCCCUCGUCCCGGUACAGACUCCUCCAGAUGCCUCCAGCACUGAAAACAAUAACAGAGAUACCUGUUCAGCCUUCGUCAUUUUCUAACUGUCAUGAGGGCAUUAUUCUAUAGCGGCAUAUCAACCGUCACAUUUCACCUCUGGAGCCCGACACUUUGUUUUUCUACAUCAGCGGAUAUAAAUACAAAAAUGUGCCUAAUAACCUGCCAGCGCCUUUGGUUUGUGUCACCAUUUUCCAUCAGCUCUAUAAUAACGAUAAGAAGGGACUGAUGUUUUUUUGUUUUUUGUUAUUUUUUUGGGCUUUCCUCUCACACGCUGUGCUUCUGUUGUAUGAUCAGUGGCGUGAAACAAAUAAUAUCACUUUUCUUAAUUGAUUUGUUGCAGCAGCACCAGAGGCCAUUAUUAUUAUUAUUAUUAUUAUUAUUAUUAUUAUUAUUUUACAGUCCACCUCACGCUUCCCUCGGGCUUCUUUUAGUUCUCACCAUAUUUACAUUCAUUAUUUUGUAACGUAGCAGAUCUGUAAUUAUUGUUUUGUUUUUUUUUUUUUUUGCAUAUGCAAAUAUAGGCCCUCAUUUCCAGUUGUAGAGGUAUUUGCUACCAACAUAAUAGCACUUGGAAGAUUUUUUUUAAUUAUUUGGAUUAAAUUCCUCCCUCAUGGCCUGUAGCUUAUGAAGCCACACACAGUUACAGCUAUUUAUUAAUCCAUUUAUUUUUGAUUUUGAUAUUUUUUCCCAGUCAUCUUCGACCAUAUAAACUGUGUGGACUCUGAAACAGAGCCGAGAAAUAGAAAAAAAGGAGAGAGGAGGGGGGCGACGCUAUACACCUGCCUAUAAUUUUAAUGUACGUUCAGUAUCAAAAUUUUAUAAUCUUAAAUACUCCUGUUAUUUGGUUUAUUUCUUAAGUAUUUUUUCGAAUAUUGUACAGUUUUAUAUAUUACCCUUUUGAAGUCAUUAAUUUAAACAAAUGCUCUUAGUUAUUCAUGCACUUAAUUAGCAGUGUUUAAAAAAAUACACAAACAAAAAAAUAUUUUCAGUAAGAUUGAACUGUUUCGGCGGUUUUAUUCCAAAUUUCGAUGACAGCUCAAGUAAUUAUUUAUUUUCAGUAUAAAGCUUGUAUUAUGUUUUGAAAUAAACUAUGUAUGUUGUAAUAAACCAUUUCUUGCUACAACUGGC